AUGGCCAAAGGACCCUACCUCACUCCCGCCUCUGUCCGCGCCUGGGAGGAAUCCUCACCACUCAACGAGCGCCUCAUCCGCCUCAUCCGCUCCCUGUACUCUCUCAUCGCAGUUCCCCUCCAAAUCCCUCUCAUCCUCCUCGAUACCAUGUUCAACACGCGAUACUACGGCCGUCCAUCAUGGUCCUUCGGAUUUCGCACUCUCCGCUGCAUCGGCGCACACAUCAUUUGGUCUAUGAACCCUGGAACCCGUCCCGUGCCAGAUGUACUCAGUGAUUCCGCACGUCAAGCGAUCCGGAAGUUGAAAGGUACUUAUAGAGCUGAAUUGGUGGUUGUCCCUGCGAAGAAAGGAGUUUGGUACGGUGAUGCGGUGCAUGAGCGUGUCCACCCGAAGAAGUGUCCAUGUUUCUGGAUGUGGCUGGAUGGGGAGAUGGUGAAUCCAAACCCAAGCUCAACACCGGACUCUAAACCUAUCGAAGAGAGGAAAAUUAUGAUGUACUUUGUUGGCGGCGGCAUGGUGCAAGGCCAUCCUCUCGAGUCGCCUCUACCAUGGACCGUGAUGAAGGUCACGCACAUACCCAUCUUCGGAGUCAACUUCCGUAAAGCCAUUACACCAGAGACUGCUUUUCCAGCUGCAUUGCAGGAUGCAGUAUCCGCAUUUUUCUAUCUCGUCGACCAAGGUUUCAAGCCAGAGAAUAUAUGUAUGAUGGGAGACUCCGGAGGUGGCGGCAUAGUAGCAACCACUAUUCUGUACCUGCGCGCUUACCGGGAUAAACUUCUACAGCCUGGAAGCUGUAUUUUAGUCUCACCAUUCAUGGAUCUCGUUGAUGAUUUCCACAGUGAUGAGGAUGCGCUGAAUUUGGAUAUACUGAAUCCCACGAUGUGUUCUAUCGCAGCAACACAAUACACAACCAACCGACCUGACUUGCGCUUCACACUGCUAUCUCCAGGUCAAGGAAAUCUACCUCCUCCGUAUACACUGGAAAGCUUACCGAAUAUGUUACUAUGUUAUGGUGACGCGGAGAUCUUCAUGCCGGGGAUUCAGAGGUUCUUUGAUGCGGUUAUGCAACAGGGGAACAGGGUUGAAUGUCAUAGAGGGGUUGAUCACGUUCAUGUCUAUCCAUAUUAUUGUAAAGAUAGAAGUCCUGGUGGAUUUUAUGGGAGAUUAAAUGCAUUUUUGCAUGGGGAGGUUAACGUCGGUGAAAGUCUCGACAAAUAA